AGCGAAGGUAGCAGCUUGCCGGUCCGGAUUGUAUCUCAUCAUCCUUCGCCACAAUCUGUUGGUUCACACCCGUCCUCGCAUUCCAAACAAUCUGCUUACACGAUGGCGGGAAAGUACUGACGACGAUACAGUUAAAUACCACAGGUCUCUUAAGUGUAGCCAUAGCAUCCCCUUGCGGUCUAUAUCUCAUACGUCAACUGUAUCAUCGCUGAACCAUGUCAACUCCAAACCUUGGACUCUUCGUGCCUCUCACGGCAAAGCCUGAUCAAGCUCAGGCCGUUCACGACUUCCUGCUCAAGGGCUAUGAGAUUGUCCAAGAGCAUGAACCCGAAACUUUGCAGUGGUUCGCCGUCAGGGCUUCUGAGUCGGAUAGCAAGUUCAUUAUCUUCGACACUUUCGCGGCCGAGUCCGGGCGUCAGGCGCACCUCCAGGGGCAGGUAGCGGAGGCUUUGAUGAAGAACAAGGACACUCUUUUGGUCGAUGGCGCGAAGGGUGUCAACAUUCGUUUGGUUGAAAUCUUAGCUAGCAAGGUUGUAAAGACGGGCGGCGGGGGUCUGACGAAGGGACUUCAGUAUGGUUUGAGUGUGUUGGUCACCGCAAAAGCUGAGCAGGUCGAUGUGGUGAAGAAGUUCUUGACAGGAGCGCUCGACGUUGUCAAUGAGGAAGAAUUCACACCUGUCUGGUAUGCGAUCCACUUCAGUGGAACCAGUGAAUUUGCCAUUGUCGACUUUUUUGAAAAUGAGGAGAGUAGGGAGAAACAUCUCGGAGGAAAGGUAGCCGCUGCCUUGCUGUCAAGCGCCCCUGAGCUACUUGACGGGGCGGUCAACAUUUCUAAGGUGUCAGUUCUUGCUGCAAAGAUAUGAGCUUGUGCUGGAUGUUUCAGAUGUAGCAAGCAGUAUGUAGAAUUCAUGUUUAUGAGGUGAAAUGGUUGCAUUAUCGAGCCACGAAGUCCUUGCAUCUG